GUCUGUAGACAUUUGGUUGGCUUGGUUAUUUCUCCUUCUACCGUAGGAAUGUUUAAGUCCUUCCUUAUUUCUACAUUACGGAUGUUCCAUGGAGCAUUUACGAUUGUGCGUAGGAUUAAGAAUCGCUUAAUUAGUACUUGGUCACCAAAAAUUGUAGUCAUAUUUUUAAUUACAUUCACAACAAUCAACACUACUCCUUGUAAGGAGAAUCCAGCAUGCGAAUGUUCGUCAAAGAAAUCAGAGGAAUUAAAUGUUGUUUGCAAUGUUGAUAAUAGUACAGGAUACAUCGUCAACAUUAAAUCAAGGAAUAAUAUACAGAUCGUUUGUAAAAAUUGGAGAACAUGGGAAGAUUUUUUUAUCAGAGGACGUUUAUCCGAAAAGAAACUUCAAUCUCUAAGCUUCGAAAAAUGUGGAUUACCAGAUGGAAUUAGUUUAAAAAACAUAGUAAAACAAUUAGGAGUAACGGAAACACACACACUCAUCUUUAAAUCUUUUAAAAACCUUUUCGCAACCCUAAAAAGAGAGCAUCUUAAAGGAUUCAAAAAUGUGAACUCAUUAGUUUUAUCUAAUAACGGUUUAUUUCAUAUUUCUAAUGAUUUUAUUUUGGAUUUUCCCGAACUGGAGCAUAUUGAUUUAUCAAAUAAUUAUAUUGACCUACCUGAUGAUAUUUUUAUAGCAACUCCAAAUCUAAAGAGAAUUAUAUUAAAUUCAAGUGGAAUAGACAUUAUACCUCUUGAAGUAUUUUAUACGUUAGAAAAACUAGAGUCUUUAAAUAUUAUGUCAAAUCUUUUGGAAGAAAUCGAAGUAGGCACAUUUGAUCAAUUAGUAUCUUUAACAUGUUUGAAUUUAGCAAAUAAUUCUUUACGGGAAUUACCGUCGACAAUUUUUCAUGGGUUAAAGAAUUUGAAGCGGCUGGAUAUUUCUAUGAAUUAUUUUACUUACAUACCAGCAAAUCUUUUCGAUCAAAAUAAAGAAUUGCGAGAAUUAUAUCUAAAUAGUAAUUUUAAACAAAUAAGCACCUUGCCAGAUUUUCUUUUGGCGAGUCUUACGAAACUUCAGCAUGUCCAUUUGAACAAUAAUAGAUUUAUAUCUUUACCAGAAAAUCUUUUCUGGGGUUCAUUAUCAUUAGAGUAUAUCUUUUUAAACGAUAAUUCUUUUGUUACUUUACCCAAUAAUAUCUUCCGUGGUCUAAAGAAAGUUAGAAAACUGUCAUUAAAUAACAAUAAAAUUAAUACUCUUCCUAAUAAAAUCUUUGAAGAUAUGGAAAAAUUAAGAGUACUCGAUUUGUCCGACAACCAAAUGUUUCGUGUAUCAAGAAAUCUGUUUCUCGGUAUGGGUUCUCUGUAUGAAUUAAAUAUGGAAAGAAAUCAAUUACUAUAUAUCGAUAAAGAGGGUCUUGCCCCCCUAAUAAAUCUAUGCAUUGCGAGGUUUUCUCAUAAUCCGCUAAGUUUGCCUUUCGCAAAUGGAAAAUUAUCAGUUUUUUAUAGAAAUCGUAAUCUCGAGGAAUUGUAUUUAUCGAACAGUAGCUUAUAUUCUUUCUUCGAUGAUUUGUCGAGUGGUCACUACAAAUUAAAAUUAUUAGAUUUGAGUCACAACUUCAUUAUCAGCGUAACGGCGUCUUCAUUCAUUUCACCGUCACACAAAAUGAGAAUCGAUCUGAGGUAUAAUAAAAUAAAAAAUAUUUAUUUUGAUAGAAUCGAGGAUUGGGAGAACCGAAACAUUGUCAUCGACUUGAGACAUAGUACCUUAUUAUGUGAUUGUUCCUUAUAUGAUCUUUUGCGUUAUCGAGAGAGAAAGAUGAUCACACCUGUUUACAAUUAUUUUAACAUUAUAAUGGGAAAUUUAACGUGUGUACAACCUGAUGGAAAGAACGAGAUAGAAAUUAGUAAUCUUCAUUCAAGCACUUAUAAAUGUCUCGAGCACGAAUAUUUUGAAACUGAAAAAAAAUGUCAAAAUGAUUGUACUUGUAGUGUAAGACCGUCAGAUAAGACUCGCAUUUUAGAUUGCUCGUAUAAAUAUAUGUCAGAAUUUUUAAUCGAUAAGAGAAAAGUGAUUUUUGAGAGAGACAAUCCUUUUAUAUUAAAUCUGACAGGAAAUUUUUUAACGGAGAUACCAUCAACGGAAACAUUUAAUCCAAUAAACGUUACAGGUUUACUUUUAUCCAAUAACAAAAUUUCUUCAAUAACGCUUGAUAAGUUACCAUAUAGCCUCAAAGUAUUGGAAUUACAUAAUAAUCAUAUAUCAAGAAUUUUUUUUCACGAAUUGAGUUACUUGAAAUCUAUACAUUGGGAAAAAUUCACUUUAAGUGGGAAUCCAAUUAUAUGUGAUUGCAAUAAUCGAAAUUUAAUUGAAUUCGUUCAAUCACAUCGAGUUUAUUAUGAAGAUUUAGAUAAUUUAACAUGUAUCAAUACACAUCUUCCUAUGCAUCAGAUACCCAUAGAAAAAAUGUGUUUUUCUUAUUUAGAAUUUUAUAAUUAUCCCCUGAGCCUUGCAGUGAUUCUAGGCGCUAUUGUAAUUUCUAUAUUUUAUAAUAGAAAAAAUAUCAAUUUAUCGUUCGUACGUCAUAUAUCAAAAUAUAAAGUUUAUAUUACUUCGACGGAUUUAGUCGGAACAGAUAAAAAGAAAUAUGUAGGUUACGAGGUGGACUUGGAAGAAGAGUAAUCCUUAUUAUGAAGACUUCGUAUCUAUUAUUUGAAGUAUUUUUGUAAUAAGUAGUCGUAAGUUUUAGUUUUAAUGAUAUUAUUUAUCGUUCUUUGAAAAAACUGUGUGUUAUAUAUAAUUAAUCAAUAACUAAAGUAUCCAACUAUGUCUUUAACAAGUUUUAAAUGUCGUCCUAAUGUUUCUUUAAUGUUCUUUCCCAUUUCUUAUAUCCAUCUGUGAUUGCCUUGGAUCUAAAGGAGUAUUUAUAAUACAAAGCUUAUUGGUUCCUUUGCUUACCUUUUACCUGAUCAGUCUUAUAUAAUGUACAUUACAUUUUUAGUAUACUUAAUUAGAAAAAUAAUUUUUGUAUGUUUGUUUUUAUCAUGUGUAUAUUAUACAAAAAAACAUAUUUUACAAAUA